GCUGCGUCGCUGCUGACGUCGCUGCCAGUCGGCGUUUUGCUCAACUACUCGCCUUCGUUUUGUCGUCCGACGCGAUGUUCCGUACAGUUUUAUUUGAGCGACAAACGAACAAGCUCAAAGCAAAAAAGAAACUUAGUUGUAACACUUGUUAAAUAGUUCAACAAAAAACACAAACUUAAUAUGUCUGACAAACCAAAACGCCCACUCUCCGCUUACAUGCUGUGGCUCAACAGUGCCCGCGAGUCGAUCAAGCGCGAGAAUCCCGGCAUCAAAGUCACCGAGGUGGCCAAGCGCGGUGGCGAAUUAUGGAGGGCCAUGAAGGACAAGUCGGAGUGGGAGGCCAAGGCUGCCAAGGCCAAGGACGACUACGAUCGGGCUGUCAAGGAGUUCGAGGCCAAUGGUGGCAGCAGUGCUGCCAACGGUGGAGCCAAAAAGCGCGCGAAACCAGCGAAAAAGGCGUCGAAGAAGAGCAAGAAGGAUGAGUCCGAUGAGGACGAGGAUGAUGAGAGCGAGUAGACUCGUCGUCCACCCUCUAAUUAUCCAUCACCAAGUCACACACAACCAGAUCCCACAAGAAUUCAAAAACUCUGGUGGCAACACCACCACAUCCAGCAUCAGCAUCCACAAAAAACCCCCUUCAUAGCAUAGAAAGCCAAGCCCAAUCGGUCAUCUCAUCAUCAACCAGCGAGAUCUUUUGAGGUUGCAUCUAAAUUCAAACACGGGAGAAGAACACAAAAUACGCGAAAUUAUGCAAAAUUGUAUUUAUACAUAUGAAUCUAAGUUUAUAGUAGUCGUUUCUUUUAAAUUAUCCCAAAACAAAGAAGAGGACAGACAACAAGAAAAGAGAAGGAAGCAAGAAAAGAAGGAUGUACGUUAAGGUGUUUUUCUUUAUCCUUUCUACGGCGUUUCGUUUAAAAGAAAUCGAUUCGUUUGAGAAACGGAAGAGAAAAUAUAUCUUGCACAUAAAUUUUGUAAAGUAAAAGAUAACAUUAUUCCAUUAAAAUAAAAGAUACAAAAAAUAA